AUGGCACCGCCGCAAGAACCGCAGCCAGAGGUAGCCCAUAGUGGCGUCUCGGAGAGCGGCCUCUCUGAUACUGGUGGUUUGUCUCUGCUGAGCGGGGACCCCCGUUUAGAUGACGACGACAAAUCAUUUGUAUCACUCGUGACACUGCCGGACAGCAUUCUGCAUCCCGAACCCGAUGUCGACGGCCGGGUGUAUCAUUCGGGCUGGUACACAACAAACUACUGCUGUCCACAGGAUGAGGAACUAGUUUCUCGAGCCACAAAUGCAUCGCAUCACCAGGGCCAUCCGAUCGACCGUUCGUCAGGCUAUCCUCAACUGAUGAAAGAAGCUGGUUUUAUUGACAUCAUUCACGAGGAGAUCAAGUGGCCCAUCAAUGGCUGGCCCGCCCAGGAGCGACCCAGCGACCCCAGCGACGAGAGGCAAUGGGAACAACAUCUAGGUAACUUGGUCCUGAAACUCUUCGAUUACGAUCUCGAGGGACUCUUCGUGGCACUUCUAUGUCGCUAUGGUGAUAUGGCGCCCGAGGCGGCCACUGCACUGUGUGCUCAGGCUCGGCUCAAUCUACGCGACACCAACAUACAUGCCUACUGGAAGUUAAGGUAUUGA